AUGGAAACUGAAAAAGCAUCACCAAAGCAGUCAUACCACAAAGAGCAACAGAUAAGUCAACAUGGUGAAGAAACCACAUUAAACAAAAAUGUAAAAGUUCAAAUUAGACAAAAACAUUACAAGUGUGAAAUUUGCGUUAAGACAUUUAUUAACUCGAGAAAUUUAAAAACGCAUUUGAGAUUACACACUGGGGAAAAACCUUACAAGCAAAGCAAUUUGGUAAGGCAUAAGAACGUACACACUGGAGAAAAAAAUUACAAGUGUGCCAUUUGCUUUAAGCUAUUUGCUGCAGCAGAUAGUUUGAAAGUUCAUUUGCGAACACAUACUGGUGAAAAACCUUACAUGUGUGAAAUUUGUCUCAAGAAAUUUACUGCUACAAAUGAUUUAAAAAAACAUUUGCGAAGACAUACUGGGGAAAAACCUUACAUGUGUGAAAUUUGUCUCAAGACAUUUACUGAUACAAAUGAUUUAAAAAAGCAUUUGCGAAGACAUACUGGGGAAAAACCUUAUAAGUGUGAAAUUUGCUUUAAAACAUUUUCUACAACUGAUGGUUUGAAAAAGCAUUUGCGAACACAUACCGGUCAAAAACCUUAUAAUUGUGAAAUUUGUCAUAAGAAAUUUUCUCAGCAAAGCAAUUUGACAAAGCAUAAGAAAUUACACACUGGAGAAAAAAACUAUAAGUGUGAUAUUUGCUUUAAGCGAUUUACUGUAGCGGAUAGUUUGAAAGUGCAUUUGCGAACACAUACAGGGGAAAAACCUUACAUAUGUGAAAUUUGCCUCAAGACAUUUACUGCUGCAAAUGAUUGAAAAAUGCAUUUGCAAAUACAUACU